AUGUCAGCUCAGACGAAAAUCUUGCGAACGGCUAACGCCCCCCGCACAACCCCCGAUGAGACCGAGCUUAUGGUAGCCCAAGCCAUCCUCGAUCUCGAGACUAACGUCCCCGAUCUCACCGCCGAGCUUCGCCCUCUACAAAUCAGCGCUGCCCGUGAGGUUGAGGUCAAGGGCGGACGCAAGGCCAUUGUGAUCUUUGUACCUGUCCCUCAAGUCAAAGCCUUCCACAAAGUCCAAGGCCGACUGACCCGGGAACUGGAAAAGAAAUUCUCUGAUCGCCAUGUCGUCUUCAUUGGUCAGCGCCGAAUGAUGCGUAAGCCUACCCGCGGCACCCGACAAAAGCAACAGCGCCCACGGUCCCGUACUUUGAAAGAAGUUCAUGAAAAGAUUUUGGAGGACUUGGUCUACCCUACCGAAAUCACUGGCAAACGAAUCCGUUUCCACACUGACGGUUCCAAGGUCAUGAAAGUUUUCCUUGACUCGAAGGAUGCCACUUCCUUGGAAUACAAGUUGGAUUCUUUCUCGUCCGUCUACCACCGACUUACUGGAAAGACUGUUCACUUUGAAUUCCCCACCGUCCAAGAAAUUUAA